AUGCGUCUCUCUGCAGCACUGUACUCCCCAACACACCCUUGGCUCGCAUGCUUGAAAUCAGCACAAUUGCAGCGCAUUGCGCGCGCAACAGGUAUCCAAUCGUCUGGUACGAAGGGUGUUCUUAUUGAGCGCAUUGCAGCGGAGUUGACGUUGCAUUCACAGUCACAGUCACAGGCGCAGUUGCAGUUGCAGUUGUCGGCUGCCGCAGAUGGCGAUGAUGUUGCAGAGGGUGUCAUCACUAGUAGUCCAUACCUCAGUACCACUGCCAGUGGUAGUGCUAGUGCCAGCACAGGUAUAAGCCAAGGUCGACAGGUCGAUCGGCGGGUGUCAAACAAAACUCGCUCAAAGACAAAAGGCAAGUCAGCAGACUUGUCAAAAUCAAAACCCACACAACCAUGGAGCAUCCUCAGCAUUGAUAUGGGGGUUCAGAACCUCGCAUUCGCGCACCUGCGAGUGCCCCGAUCUGGGAUCACGGGUGUCGGGAUAGACGCAGCAAACCCAAGACCGCCAGAGCUAACAGCCUGGCACAAACUCGCUAUUUCUGAGAUAUCAAGUUUGAACUUGAUACCUGGGGAUAGUACCAGUAUAAUCAGACCCGAAUCUGCUGAAGCUAUACCAGGAUCUGGUGAUGCCACAGAAUCAUCACAGGGCAUCCUUCCGAUGGAAACGGGAAAAGACCUGCCUGUCAAGGUCAAGAUCGCCAAAUCUACAAAAGAAAAAGAUUCCUUUUCCCCAGACCUCUACGCUGCAAAUGCAUACACCCUAAUUUCAUCACUCAUAGCGGCAUACCGCCCCACACACGUGCUUAUAGAGCGCCAGCGCUUCCGCUCAGGCGGUGGGAGUGCCGUUCUUGAAUGGACGCUGCGCGUUGGCCUGCUGGAGGGUAUGUUGUAUGCUGUUCUCCAUACGCUACGACAGGAGAGGGGCGGAGAUGUUGCGGAUUUGGUUGUUCAAGGCGUUGAACCGAAACGGGUAGUCCGGUAUUGGCUUGAAGGUGGAUUUUCACCAUCAGUUCCAGGGAAACGAGAUGCGGAUGAGAAAUCCGAAGUCGGGGAAACGGUCAAGGAGAAAAAGCCCAAUGCGCGAGAAGUGAAGAAGGCUAAGAUCGAUCUUGUUGGUCGGUGGCUUUCUGCUGCGAUGCAGAAGCAGAAUACCAAUGCUUGUCCAGAGACGGAUGGCAGCCCUGAGAAACUCGAGCUUGGCAUUGCUACCGACAAUAAGAUCGUGCUGGCGGAUAAAGCCGAGUGUCCUACUCUGCGUAGUGUUACGGGUGCGUAUAUGCGGAAAUGGCAGAGCCAGACGCAAACUUUGAAGAAGGGGAAAGGGAAGGGGUCUCGUGCUUUGAAGAGUGGGUCUCUGUCUCCAUUGCUGGUAUCCCCUCACUCUGAGAUAGGGGAUGAGGUGGCUGCUAUUGAUCCAGGGAAACUCGAUGAUCUGGCGGAUUGUUUGUUGCAGGGUGUGACAUGGGUUGAAUGGCAGAUUAUGCGGGAGCGUAUUGCGAGAGAAGGGGUUGGGGCGUUGGAUUCGAUAUCCUAA